AAACGCUAGCUCACACAGUCAGUUAGUGUGAGGGAAAAAUGGAUGUACCCUGUUGUUGUUGUUUUUGUUUUUUUUUUUACCAGCAAAUGGGUUAAAACUGAAACACUAGCGUCCUCUCAUGCUGAACCAGGAAAACAAGUUCGUUCCGAGGCAUCACUGUUCCAGAAACACUCUCCUUCUCCAGAGGUGGUGUGUCAUGCUACAGGUUUCUUCCCCAAAGCAGUGAUGAUCUCCUGGCAGAAGGACGGAGAGGAGGUGCAUGAGAACGUGGAGCUCAGAGAGACGUUACCCAACCAGGAUGGAAGCUUCCAGAAGAGAAGCAUUCUGACAGUUCCAGCUGAGGAGCUGCAGAAACACACCUACACCUGCGUGAUUCAGCACAGCAGCUUGGAGAAGGAGUUAGUGCUGCCUGUGAGCGAGCGCCGAAUCCUGAGAGGUGGAGGAUCAGAUGGAGGAUCAGAUGAAGGGCAGAAAUGUGUCAUUGCUGCUAUAGUCGUGGUUCACAUGGUUCUUUUUGCUGUUGCUGCUGAAUGUGUGAUCUGGAAGAAAAGGAAGUCUGGGGAGAGGAAGAAAGAAACAAAAAAUAAGUUCAGCAGAGCAACUGGAGACAUUGAACUUGAACUUGGAUCUUGUCACAUGGACAGAGACGUCAGGAAGGAGCUGGGAUGAUUCAGCAGCCAAUGGACACUUUGCAGUUUGGAAGGAUUGCCCUGGACAUGACCUUAUUCCAUGAAACUUUACAAAAUCCCUUCAAAUAAGGUCAUGAGAUGAGUGAAAGCAGGAGGUAUAAAGAAAUUGGGUUUUAAGUGUACAGGAGGUGUGGGAGUAAGACCAGGAGGAGGAACAGUAGGAGCUGAGGGAGAGCAGAGGGGUGUGUGUGUGUUGUUCACUCAGACAGGUGAACCUGGUCAUGGAGAGAGGCUUUACUACCGGACAUCUUUGUAAGACUGAUGGAACAUCUGCGAUUGUGAGUAUGUAAUGGUGAUCUUUUUUGAAGAAGAUGAUCUUGUCACUGUAACUUUAUAAGUGCAAUUACAGUCAUGGGG